AUGAUUGUUUCUACACGAUCGAUUUACCAGUGGCCGUGGAUAGCGUGUGGACGGACAGUACGGCGGCCGGGCGUGGCGCGUCAAACUUUGAGCAGCGGCGUCAAGUGCCAAUCGCGCGCGAAACCGAAGCGCGGUGUAUUUGCGUCGCGCACCUGUCCCCGCACAAAUCAAGCGCGCCGAUGCCGCGAUGCAUCAUCGGCCGGCGGCAUCGCCGAUUCGGAACUCAAAGCGGCCGACCAUCUUAUAGACAGGGCGACAGUUAUUGAUGGUAACGGGGCAGCUGUCUUGGCAGCGGGCAUAAGUCACGAGGGCACAGCGAUACAUAGUUCCCGCAUCAUUGAUCCCGCCGUAUUUUUAGGCUUUAUGCGACCAAUAAAUUUAGUUGCAGGCAGCGAUGGCCCGGCUGGUUUCGGCCGCGAACCGCGAUUGUCGGUGUGGAUUCGAAUCCCAAUAUUUGCAGAUUUGACGAUA